AUGAACCAGGAGUCUACCGAGCAGUCAAGGAAACAGCGUCGUCCAGUUCAUCUACCCGGUCAGCGAGCCGCAAUUGCAUGCAUUCCCUGUCGACAGCGCAAAGUCCGAUGCACUAGUGGGUGGCCAUCCUGUAGAAGCUGCAUCAAUAGGUCCAUCGAAUGCCGAUAUGCAGGAGUCUCUCAUGGCCACCCAGCCCUGGACAGCGCCAUCCAGGAAAAAGCCGCAAAUCUAUCAAAUGACGAGAUCAUGGACUUAUCACAGAUACCAGCCACUGAGCUGGCACAAUCAGCCGACUUUUUCCGUGAUAAUUUCGGUUCCACGCUACUUUUCUUCGUGGAUCCGCUCACCUUUUCAACCAAAUUCUGCUCUGGGGAACUGCCCUUGAGUCUCACGUUUUCGAUACUAGCCCUGACUUCUCGAUUCAGUCCAUGGAGCUCUCCUAACGAAUCUCGGAAUUAUCAAGAGAGAGCUCGGGAAUUUCUUCGAAGAGGCAGCGAUGAGGUCUCACUUCAUGUGGUCCAAACAUACCUCAUACACUGUGUGUAUGAAGUUGGCUGUGGAUCUGAAUCCAGUGCUUGGAUUCAUUUGGGAAACGCCAUUAGAAUGGCCCAGAUUCUCCGCCUGUCCAUCAUGGACAAGCCCAAAUCCUAUUUUGAUUGGGGCCGGCCUGUUCGAAACGCGAACGAAGAUGCGAUCACGAUCGAGCUGAAGCGAAGAACAUUUUGGAGUUGCUUCUUCCUCGAUAAACUUCUAUCCAACGGUAGAGAUCGUCCUAGUGCCAUUGAAGAGAAAGAUGUUUGUUGUCACUUUCCUAUUUCGGAAGAGGAUUUCAUCUUCCGACGAUUUCACCAACCUUUAAACUUGAGCAACAUCGAUUUGAGUCAUGCAGCAUCAAGAAAUCUUUAUGUUUCCCUCGCUGGCGUACUGUCGAUCUUGGGGGAAAUCAUCAUCUGGCAUGGAAGAGGUGGGCGAUAUACUGAUCCCGCAGCUCCUUGGAAAAGCGACAUGGCUUUCACCGUGCUUGACCGUAAGUUGAAGGAAUGGCACCGGCAGAUUCCCGACCAUCUUCGAUACUCGAAGGAGACCUUUGCUGCACUGUCAAUGCUGAGUUCAAGUCAGCUGAAAAUAUGGGGCCUCGCAUAUUUGUUUUUCUUCCUUGCGAAAGUCUACCUUCUUCGAGAGUAUAUCCCAUUCCUUCCCCCAAGAAGCUAUGCACCUUAUGAUGGACCUGAAAAGGUGGAGUCCAUAUCAGAAGAUUGGGGCAAUGCCCCGCCGGGAUGGUGGAAAGAAUGUUUUGAGGACCUUGUUCAAAGCUCACAGUCAAUCACCAAAUUGUUUCGCUUGUUGACAGACAAGCUCCAUGUCUUUCCGGGUGUCUAUCCUUUCAUUGGCCUGUGCUUGAUGACUACCACUAACGUGCACCUGGUUUUAUCUAUAAUCGAUGAGAAGGGGUUUGAUGAUACCACUAUUCCACGGAAAGCGGAAGCUCUACUGCAAGACGACAUCAAAGCUAUGGAAGCUCUUUCCCAGUUUUGGGACUUGCCAAAAUACUGGGUGCGUGAAUUUACGUCUGAAGUUCCUUAA